AUGGCAGAUUCGAAAAGAACACUGUCAAGACCGGUGACAUCGGUUGCACGAAAUAAAAACACUGAACUGGCUCAACUCGAACGACGCUACCGAUCGACGUUCAAAAGAGUGAGACUUGCAUUUCCACCAAGCGAUCCCGACUUUCCUUUCGAACUCGCCCUGCUCCAACUACAGCUCAGGGUACCAGCAAAAUAUCCCAAACAAGCGUGUUCUGUGAUUGUUAUGAAUGCUGAUAUUCCUAAAGGAUUUGCAUUCAACCUCGAAAAGGGAUUUGAAGCAUAUGCAAAGCAAACACCUGCUACACUAGUUCGACAGAUGGGCUGGCUCGACAAGAACAUGGAAACAUUGCUCCAACAAGAACCUGCAACGACGAUGCGGUUCGUUUCAUCAGCACCAAAACCGAAGCCAGAGGAAGAAGAAGAAGAAGAAGAAAAGUCCUUGAUUGCACCUGAACUUCCAAGCGAUUUCGUCGCUGCUGCUACCGCUACAGCUGCUGCAAAAAAGAAAAUCAAUGCUCAUUCAUCGUCAUCCUCUUCUGCGGUUCCACUAUCGCCCUCGUUAUCCUCGACUUUGUCAUCGUCAUCGUCAUCAUCUUCGUCAUCACCACCACCACAAGCACACUCAUCCCGCAAGAAGCUGGAUGCGUCAGCUGUACCAUUCUUUACGUCGAUGCAAUUGGAAGAAGCCACGCAGAAGCGGGAAAAAGAAUUAAAACAGCUUCAAGCACGGUUCCGUGGUUCGUACAAGGCUUUAAGAAGUGAUCACGUGGAGACGGUGGUCCAGCUGGUGCUCAACCUUGACGAUCCUGACUUUUCAUACAAGGAACUACUCAAUAAGGAGCUCAAAGUCAAAUACCAUGUACCUCUGCAAUACCCUCUGUUACCCUGUACAAUCGAAGUAGAUGAUAGAGCACUUGGUGCGGAUGAAGCAAGGGACAUAUCUUAUGCAUUCGCAGAGCACGUGGAGAAGCCAAAACGAACACUGUUUCAAAACCUAAAUUGGUUAAGCCGGAAUCUUGAAACAAUCUUGCGACAUCCUCCGGAUCAGCGUCCAUGGCAUGUGGAUGAGGACGACCAAGAAGAAGAAGAGCGACAACGACAACAACGGUUAGAAGAGGAAGCUGUCACUAGGCAACCCGAACAGGGAUCAUCGUCUGCUCGAGACAAGGCAAGCAAGUCGUCGCUGUUCGAUGCUGUUGAUAAGCAACGAGAACGGGUGAUUGUGGUGGACGAUCCGAGUUUCAUACGACCGCCUGAUUUGGAACCGACACAUUCAGGAGCCCCUGCAGCAGAAGAUCGCCCGAUCCCUGGCAGCAGCAGCAGCAGCAAUAUGACCAAUGUAGAAAUAGAGCAGGAGCAGGCAUCCGGUAGCUCAACGUCACCACAGCAACCACAGCAACCAGAGCAAGUGGCUCGAAAAGGAACCGAGAUUUAUCUGUACAACUAUCGCUUCGAAAACACCACCCUGGUUCGUUGCGUCUCUUUAAAUCUCGUCGUCAAAUGUGCGCGCUGCAAGACAAUGGAGAAUAUCGAAAAACUGCAGCCCAACGACCCGCUCCAAGCUGCUACUGCUACACCAUCUUCCAAGGAACAAGCCAAGAACGAGUCCUGGACGACCUGCUCAAAGUGCAGGCAACUGAUGGGCGUCAAGUUCUUUUCCGAACUUAUGCAUCAGAGUUCAAAUAAGCUCGGCUUACUGCAAAUGAGUGGCUGCUUAGCAUUUGACAUCCUGCCCUCUUGGUACACUGGCAUUUGUAUAACCUGCAUGGGGGAUGAAACCAACGUGGAGCUCACUAUGCACGGCCGGCCCGUCACCUUGGGCUGCUUUGGUUGCACCACCAAGGCCACCAUGGCACUGGGCGACUUCCGCUUCAUCAGGGUGGGCCAGGACGACGGCGAACGGUUUGAAGCGAACGAGGGACUUGUCUCCAAGGCGGUGCUGAAGCGCAAAAAGAACAAGAACAGUCAGGACGUGGCGCUUGUUGUGGGCCAGCCGCUGCCCAACAAAGGUACAUGCGAGCAUUACCGCAAGAGCAAGCGCUGGUUCCGCUUCCCAUGCUGCAGUCGACUGUAUCCAUGCGAUGCGUGCCACGACAAAGGCGAGGAGCACGUCUACGAGAUGGCGCGGCGACAUGUGUGCGGUGUGUGUUCGCGUGAGCAGGCCAUCGCAGCAGUGUGCUCGUGUGGGCAUGAGUUCGAACGGGGAGCACACGGACAUUUUUGGGAGGGAGGAGAAGGCACUCGCUCCAGGGCGUUGAUGAGUCGCAAGGAUCCCCACAAGUACAAAGGACUGGGCAAAACGUCUUCGAAGAAGCAGGAACGGGUUGGUGCGACUGGUAAAAACAAGCGCCAGCAAGAUUAA